AAGCAGUAUGCCCUUUCUCUUUUUUAACAGAAAUAGAGAAUAUUAGUGCUGGAGAGGAAGAACUGCGUAGUUAUCCUUGAAAACUAAAAGAUACAAAAGAGAAUCAUGGCCCCGUGUUGGAUUAGAAAUGUCGUUAUUUUCUCCGUAAUUGCUGUUAAUGUUGCUGGACGUGAGGAAAAUAAAUCUGAGCCAGCGUUGAAUGGAACAGGAAAUAUUCCCAUAAGUUUGGUGGAAUAUCUAACUACAAAGUACGACAAGACAGUCAGGCCAAAUGCUACAUCAGGUGAUUACUCACUGACAAAGUCACUCUAUUAUGAGAACACAUUUUACUUGAUAAUGAACUUGAUAAGCUACAGUAAAAUUCGUCAGAUGUGGUUCGAGGAUCGUAUCGCUAAGUACAUAACCUCUGACAAUCAAGUGCUGCAACGAGACUAUAUUUCUCGCCUAUGGUUACCAGACUCCUACUGCUACAACGCAAAAACCUCGGACCUGAUGCUGCCCGACACUGAGGUUCAUAGCGUCAUCAGAAUCGAUCGGAGAGGCUUCAUUAUGUACAGCAGAAGUACACACAUUAUCGCUUCAUGUGAAAUGGAUUUGCACGAUUUUCCUAUGGACACACAGCAGUGUAAAUUAUCAUUUGGAAGCUAUGGCCAUACAGACGAUGACAUUCUCUUAAAAUGGAGGAAUCCCACGAUUUCAAUUGCCAACAAAGAAAUGGCACAAUUUUCCGUCGGUGACCCGACGUUGUCCACUGAAGUCAACGAGUUUUCCACCGGGAACUUCACUGUGUUAACAGUGACAUUUCCAUUCAAGAGACGCAUGGGUUAUUACAUUAUUCAGGUGUACAUCCCUUGUAUAUUUCUGGUCAUGCUCAGUUGGAUCGUGUUCUGGAUGAGGCCUGAUGACAGCGCUAGUAGACUGACUGUGGGUAUCACAACUAUCCUGACCAUUGUGUUUUUGCUCGGCUAUACCAACGGAAUGCUUCCCAAGGUCAGCUAUGUCAAAGGAAUGGACUGGUACCUGAUGGUGUGUUUCACGAUCAUUUUUCUGAGUCUGUUGGAAUGUAUUGUCGUGGACAGGUUGUGGAGGGCAAAUGCCAGGAAAAUAGAAGACGAGCAAAAAAACAGAAGGACGAUGAAUUCUGGGGACAAGGAACCAAGGAAGAAUUCGGUGAAGGACAAAGGAGGGUUAAACUGCCGUUACGUGUCUGGUGUGCAAAUUCUGAGGCCACGAAAAGCAGAUACUGGCACACAGACAAACAACGAGGGAGGAAAUCGCCUGAAUCACUGGGAAUCAAAUGAACAUAGUGAACUUUUUCAUAUGAUAAGAGAUGAAUACAGGCACUUGAGUCUUGGGGAGAUGCGUCCGCCUUUGCCCGACGAAGCUUGGGUCGAAAUGGAUAAGGAAAACACACAGGCGCAUUACGACACAGUUGUUCGCUGCUUCUUCAACAAAAGAAACUCUCGCCCAAUGGAACUCUCGGCUAAGGUGGACAAAGCAAGCCGCGUCUUAUUUCCUUUAACGUUUUUGCUGUAUAACGUUGCAUAUUGGGUGACUUACUUCCACGGCACUAAUGUUUUACCCUACAGAAUAUAAAAUACCGGAGUUUAAGUCACAGGUUCAAAUCCUGUCGAAGGAGUUCUGAUUUUUUGCGGGCGUUUUCGACUCAGUUUAUAUUCGCAUACUACAUUAGUAUGAUAAUUACAAUAUUUGACAAAAUCGUAAUUUUUCUCCCGCUCCGAAACCUACCUUUUUUUUUUUUUUUCGAAAUAGCACUCUUUCUGUCGAUUGAAUGUAAAUCACUUUCGAUGUCGGCAGAAGACUUUUAACCCUUCCAUGGCCGAGGUCUGAAAGCUAAUUAUCUUUACUAGAGAACAUACUCUUUUUUGUAGCCUUUCUUAAGACAAUAUCUGAACAAUUUCCCCCGUAGUUAACAUUUCUCUAAAUUCUCAUUACGUCUCCUCUACACAAUGUAUUAAAAUUGUAAAUGGAUCAUAUCUACGCAUACUGAUCAUUGGUUUGAGUGAAAGAGUGAAAGCAAGCUGUAAAUAUAAACACAAUAAUAAUGUUAGGAUUUUCUGAACCUCUGAAGUAUGUGCGUGCCUUACGAAAGAAAUAAAGAGUAUGCCAUUUAGGUUAUUCACAAGAGUAAGCAUAAUUUAUUGUGCGUGUAAACCUUUUAUCUCUCUGUCUAUAUUGAAUUCAAUUCACUAUUCGCCUAUUGUAAUCUUGAUGCUUUGAGCUAAGGUGGAGUAAAGACUCUGCCUCAAUGAUAAUCCUUGUUUCAAGUAUAGUCAAGUAUUUGUUCAAAAAGGUUGAAUGUUUCUAGAUCUCUCUUUCUAACUUAACUAGCCCAAGGUUGCUUUCUUUGUUUCAUUGUUCUCUCAAAAGUUGUUGGAGACCUUUGUUUAUAAGUGUUGUGUAAUUUUACGUUAGACUGAUGUAAUUAUUUCUCCCACGAUAAUUUUUUCUUGGGCCUGUCAAAUUACUGCUAUUUUUUAAAAUAUUUGUAAGUCUUGUGUGUUGCAGUAUUUAGCCUGGCAACUCGAUAAAAUGAGUUAUUCUUCCAUGUUGCCAUUUUAGGUUGACUGAAAAAAUAAAGUAUAUCCUUUUAGUUCAAA